UUAUAAACCCAAAUAAACCCCUCUAUUUUUAUUUUUUAAAUAACCUCCAGUCUGUCAUAUGAAGAAGAGUGGUUUCUCCGUCUACAAAGUAUAAUUCGUCUUUCUGUAUUACUAUUCCCUGAUCGAUCCAAUUCGAAUCUUUAGAGUGAAACAAGAAGACUCAAUUCAAAAUGAGUGUAAUUGAUAUCCUAACUCGCGUUGAUUCAAUAUGUAAGAAGUAUGAUAAGUAUGACAUUGACAAACAAAAAGACUCCAAUGUUGCCGGCGACGAUGCUUUCGCUCGUCUCUACUCUUCCGUAGAAUCGGACAUCGAAUCUGCUCUUCAGAAAGCGGAAACGGCUGCUAAUGAGAAGAAUAGGGCAUCUGUUGUGGCGAUCAAUGCAGAGAUACGGAGGACUAAAGCGAGGUUACUUGAGGAAGUUCCGAAAUUGCAGAGGUUGGCUGUGAGGAAGGUCAAAGGUCUUUCAGGUGAAGAACUUGCUGCCCGCAAUGAUUUGGUUCUUGCACUUCCUGACAGAAUAAAUGCCAUACCAGAUGGCUCUGCAGCUCCACCCAAACAAUCUGGAGGAUGGCGAGCUUCAGGUUCUCGCACGGAAAUCAAAUUUGAUUCAGAUGGGCAAUUUGACAAUGAAUACUUUCAACAAACUGAAGAGUCAAGUCAAUUCAAGCAAGAGUACGAAAUGCGGAAAAUGAGACAGGACCAAGGUUUGGAGGUCAUAGCGGAAGGCUUGGAUACUUUGAAAAACAUGGCCAGCGAUAUGAACGAGGAGUUGGAUAGACAAGUUCCUCUAAUGGAUGAGAUUGACACAAAGGUGGACAGGGCAACCUCGGACUUGAAGAAUACCAACGUUAGGCUUAAGCAUACAGUUAACCAGCUGAGAUCUAGUCGCAACUUUUGCAUUGACAUCAUUUUGUUGUGCAUCAUUCUUGGAAUUGCAGCAUAUUUGUACAAUGUCUUGAAGAAGUAAAACUCCGCUAAAGUGCCUGUUGGAUCGACUUGUAUGUUGGCCUUCACGAUCCAUUUAGUCUUUUUCAGUGUGUGCAUGUAAAACAAGUUAAUAUCAGUGAUUAAGCCCAGCCUAUUGUACUUGCUUGUGUGUUUAAUUAGUUUGAGUUUGAGAUGUAGUUAUUGUUGUUUUCUAUCUUUGGACAAUGAAUUUCUUGUUUAAGUUGAUAAGGUUUGUUUUAUUUUUUAGUAAUGCCAAUUGAACGAAAUUAUCAUUUUA